AUGCAAGAAGGUGUCCCUCGGCGACAGACGGGAGGUGAUCUCUUUGAGGUCGCCGCGUUUACAGGCUUCGAAAAUGUCGCUCUGUUUGCCCAUGGCGCCGGCCUCUUGCCACCUCGUAGAUUCGACGAGUCGAGGACGAUGCCGCGUAAGAACGGACGGUGUUCUGCGGAUGAUCAGACAGUCAUUAAGGCGACCGGCCGACGGACCGGACUGCGUUUAGCGGAGAAGCACACUCUCGUUCAAAGAGUCACAUGCGAAACCGGAGUUCACAGCAACAGCCAGCGAAGUAACAGCAGAUCCAGCCAAUCAGAAGAGACGCCGGCCGGAAACUGCGCUUCCGCCGCGUUCCUGACGUUUAACCACGGUUUUACUCAUGCCACUGUAGGCAUUCAUUCUUUUUCCUCAUAUGUGCCGACCAGCCCCAUUUCCUCUGCUGGUUAG